GCUGGUUCCCUUCCUCCCUCCCGCGGGGCUUCGGCGGCGGCGUUCGGCGCGGGCAGGUCCCCCUGCUGCCCGGUCCCAUUCGUUGCCUCGUCUCUGGCUCGGGGCGGCCGCGACUCGCGGAGCUCCCGGGAGCCCGGCGGGGCAGCCGCGCAGCCACGACGGAGCAGCCUCGGGACUGGCCGCCCCGCGCCCCCUUCGCCGCCGUGCCCUUCCCCGGCGCGCUCACCCCCUUCUCGGGAUGGGAUUGUAGCGGCGGCGCGGACUCGGCGGGGAUCGCGGCGGAGGAGGCGGCGGCGGCCGAGCGGGGCUCCAUGUUUUCCCCCGGCCAGGAGGAGCACUGCGCCCCCAACAAGGAGCCGGUGAAAUACGGGGAGCUGGUGGUCCUGGGAGUCAAGGUGUAAAUAUAAAGAAAGCCCAGUAACAUGUUCAUCUGGAAAGAAGGUAUCAGGAAGAUGGUCCCAUGUGAGGAGCUGCCAUGACACACACUUGCCAUUUACCGAGAAGCAGCAGCAUGGACCUGGCCGAUGUAGCAACACGUGCAACACUCAGCUUCUCCCAAGUGGACACAGGCCCUGCCACCACCCUGGAGUGACAGCCACCAAAUCACAGCCAACGCUGCUGAAAACCUAUGGCCGGCCCGAAAAUGGUUGCUGUGGGUGCUGGGUACAAUGGUGCUUUACCCAAUGGAGACAGAGGCCGGAGGAAAAGUAGAUUUGCCCUCUAUAAACGACCCAAAGCUAAUGGAGUCAAACCCAGCACGGUCCACGUGAUAUCCACGCCACAGGCAUCCAAGAAAUCAGUCCAGAACCUGGAGGACCUUACAAAAGCAAUCAGCUGCAAAGGUCAACACAGUAUAUCAUAUACUCUGUCAAGGAAUCAGACUGUGGUGGUCGAAUAUACACACGAUAAAGAUACGGAUAUGUUUCAGGUGGGCAGAUCAACCGAGAGCCCCAUCGACUUCGUCGUCACAGACACAGUUUCCGGCGGUCAGAACAGUGACGAAGCGCAGAUCACACAAAGCACCAUAUCCAGGUUUGCCUGCAGGAUUGUCUGUGACAGGAAUGAGCCUUAUACAGCACGGAUAUUCGCAGCUGGAUUCGAUUCUUCCAAAAACAUAUUUCUUGGAGAAAAGGCAGCAAAAUGGAAAAACCCCGAUGGCCACAUGGACGGGCUCACUACAAAUGGGGUCCUGGUGAUGCACCCCAGAGGGGGCUUCACUGAGGAGUCCCAGCCCGGGGUCUGGCGCGAGAUCUCCGUCUGCGGAGAUGUGUACACCUUGCGAGAAACCAGGUCAGCCCAGCAGAGGGGAAAGCUGGUGGAAAGUGAGACCAACGUGCUGCAGGACGGCUCCCUCAUCGACCUGUGCGGGGCCACCCUGCUCUGGCGGACCGCCGACGGCCUCUUCCACGCGCCCACCCAGAAGCACAUCGAGGCCCUGCGGCAGGAGAUCAACGCGGCGCGGCCGCAGUGCCCCGUGGGGCUCAACACCCUGGCCUUCCCCAGCAUCAGCAGGAAGGAGGUGGUGGAGGAGAAGCAGCCCUGGGCCUACCUCAGCUGCGGCCACGUGCACGGCUACCACAACUGGGGCCACCGCAGCGACACGGAGGCCAACGAGCGGGAGUGCCCCAUGUGCAGGACUGUGGGCCCCUACGUGCCUCUGUGGCUCGGCUGUGAGGCCGGAUUUUACGUGGACGCGGGACCGCCGACACACGCCUUCACCCCGUGCGGACACGUGUGCUCGGAGAAGUCUGCCAAGUACUGGGCUCAGAUCCCGCUGCCGCACGGCACCCACGCGUUCCACGCCGCCUGCCCCUUCUGCGCCACGCAGCUGGCCGGGGAGCAGAACUGCAUCAAAUUAAUUUUCCAGGGUCCAGUCGACUGAUGCCCUUGGCAGCCAUCUACGACUUCAUUAACAAGUUACUGUGAAGAUUUUUGCCACUAACUCUCGAUUUUACCUUUUUAUAGUGUUGUUUUGUUAAGGGAGGGGCCCGAGGCUGGGAGGAGGGGGAGGUAGUGAGGAGCCGCGCCGGGAGUCGGAGGCCAGUGGUGUGUGGCGCGCACCAAACAGCGGCAUCGUCCUUGACAUCGGCCUGGUGAACCACAUGAUCUCUGUAAUGAUUGAACCGAAGCGCCAUGCUUUUAUUUCAACCUUGGGUUUUUAAACAAGUCUUUUUUUCCCUUUGUAGCCUUGGAUAAAACUUUAAAUCAUAUUUUACAAAUGAAGAAAUGUAUUCAAAAGUUAUUGGCUCGUAAUAUGCCGCGGUCCGUGCUGCAGGGUGUAGGUGUCCUAGAAGACGUUCGAUGUCUGGAAAUACUUGAUACAACAGGCUAGACUCGACCAGAUCCCAAGGGUGGCUCUGUAAAAUGUCAUCGAUGGUCAGGAGACCUUAGGCACAGGUGGUGGUUUUGAAAUCUGGGGCUUUUUUCUGAUUUUUCUUACUUUUGGGGGAGAGAAUGUUCAUAUGUUGUUCUGUUUUCUUUUUAACUUUGGUGGAAUUUAUUUUAUACACACAUUCACCAAAUACCUUGGCAUUUCAAACAAAGAACUUCCCGUAACUUUUUGCCUUUUGUUAUUUCUAAUAUAGUUUGCCCCCACUACUCAUCGUGCAUGGCCAGAACUGUUCAGUUUAUUAAAAUGUAGCAACUUUUAAAAAUCCAUUCACUGAAGGUAAUUAUUGCAGCAGUUAACAUGGCCUAGGUACUAUAAUACCAAGUUUAUUUGCUUACCGAAUUGUUUUAAGAUUUAAGAGCGAUUAAAAGUGAGAUUUUACUUUUUAAAACCACUCAUUGAGGUUUCAUAAGUUUUGUUUUUUUUCUUCCUAAAGAAAGCCAAAAUUCUGUGAGCCUAAGAGCAACACGUCACAAUGACACGGGCGUUUUUAUCUACUCCCUCUCUGCCAUCUGUCACCUUCCCUCGCAGCUUACAGAGCCCUGGAAGUUUUGAAAAUGUUUGCAAAUCAAGCUACAUUUAAAUGUGAUCAUUAGAUAUACACAACACCAAGUGGUACAUCUGCAGAGAUAAUUUGAAAUUCCUGAUUUCAAGAGAGCAAAUGAGUGUUUACUGAGGAAUAAUUAAAUCAAAAUUUCAGAUGAGCCCCUCCAACCCUCUCUGUUUUUUCCCUCUCACUUGGAAUAAUAAUCCGUGGGUACCCAUUCUGUGUGGUACCAGGAGCAUCACUGCUCCCAGAAUGGAAAUCCUACAGGACAGAGCUGGCUGAGAUGGUGGGUCCCUGCCACAUGGGACAAGUAUUUAUUUAAGCUAACAUCCUCUUAAAUUGACCACUGCAUAUCCGUACUACAUUUUUUAACCUUUGUAAAGAUAGAUCUAAUUUAUAUGGUUCUAAUAUACUAUAUCUGUACUUGAAUUGGUUUUUUCUUGUUUUGCCUACUGGCAAAUAUUUUGCUUAUUUUCAAUUGUUCUGACCCAUUUUUGAAUGUCCUUUUCCUUAAAGUGGUAAGCUAUAUUACUCCUGAUUGCUGCUGCUUAAUUUGACUUAAUAUAUAAGAAGUUCAGCCUCUGUUAUAAAAUAGCUUUACUUUCCCAUGGAGACUAUUGUGGAGGUUGAGAUGUGGUGUAGGUUUUAAGUGAUGUGAGAAUCCAACCACAGUCCUCUUACUGAUCGCUUCCCCUGUUCUAUGCAGCGUGCUCUACCUGCAGACAGAAAAGAAAGCAAUGGAGUUGCCUAACUAACACAUCAAAUGCCUCUCAAUUUAGCCAGAGUCUCCAGUGAUUAGCUUUCACUGAUAGAGUGUGUCCUUUCCAUCUGUGAUUCUUUGGGCUUCACAAAAUGGUAAAGGAGGCACACACUCCUUUUUCUUACUAUAGAGCUAGAAGGUGGUUUGAGGACUCUUGAUACCCUAAAAGUAUCAUGUAAGGUAAAUGGUCUAGCAUCCAGUAAGGCUGGAUUUUACCUCUCAAAAAAAACCUUUUUUUCCAGAAAGUUGUGCUCUGAUAUAAUUUUCCAUUUUCAAGAACUAUAUAGGAGUCUGGUAGUUCUGCAUACAACAUGUGCCUCAAAACAAAAUUACCUUCCAACCUGAAAAGUUUGAUUUUUAGCAAACUCAGAUAGCUAAAUGGAAGUUGAAAUUUGGGGAAUAAAUUUCAAACUCUUGGAAGGCGCUAGCUACAUCUUGUCCUUGCAGCUCCACGUGAGGUCCCUCCCACCUGCCUAAGACACCACAGUGCGGGGGCAAGUCUUCGAAAAGGAAACGAUGUUCAUCUUGGCCACGUUUAGUCAGAUCCUCUUAUGAUCUUGGCUAAUGAGAUUUGUUUCUCAGAGUCGAGAGUGUCAGUUUGUAGGAAUAAAGAACUCUAAUCACCCAAGUAGAGUAAUCUAGUUCAGAAAAGGUCACCUCUCAGAGGGCACUUCUGUUUUUAUGCUUUGCUUGCCACCACAUUGAAGGGUGAGUCUCACUCCCCGAUGUGCAUUCAUAGGAAGUUACUGACCAAUUAUCCCCAUCUCGGCCUGACCGAAAUGCCUCUUGUGAAUAGAUUUCCAGAAGUUUGGCCCCAGUGAUGUAUUCCCAUUGGUAUUUUUUUUUUCAGUUGUUUACUACCAAAAAAAAAAAAAAAAAAAAGAUUCAGAGUGAAUGGGGUUACAACACAAUAUUUUUCUAGUCCGGAAUUUUUUUAUUAAUAAUCGGUGCUGCCGGGUCAUGCAUGCUGCAACUCUUAACAUUUUCCUUAUUUGGUUAUGCUUUUUGCAAAAAGGGCUACAGUUCACACUGCAGAGUAUUAAGCUUUCUGGGUUUUUCCCACUGUGGCCCCAAAGAAUUAAAAUCUUUUAAUAUAAAUAGAGCAUAUUUAUCAUUCCUCGAUAGUUAAUUAUAGAGUUUGGUACCUUUGUGCCUCAGGGAAGCCACGUGAUAUAACUGGUUAUAGAAUUUCAGGGUUAGGGUUUAGAGAAAGGAGAAAGCCAUUGGAAAAACGAUGGGCUCCAUUAAGGAGACUAAUGAAUCUGGAUGCAGAAAUAUGCCGGGAACUGGCAUACACAUGAUUGUAGUAGAAUUUAUAUCCAGUAUCAUUAGGGAAAUAGUUUUUAAGUUAUUCCAUAUACUGUAUCAGGAGAGUUGAGGAGAGUGCUUCAUAAAGCUUCAACGCUUUAUUUUUGCUUACAUAGAAAAACUCCAACUCCUGUGAUGUGGGAGCUCAGUAUUGUUGUUGGGGCACUUUUGAGAGUGUAAGGGAAACGUUUCCCCUGUCUUGAUUUAAGUGUGACACAGGUCACAGAAUUGUCACCUGCCGUUCUAUGAUUUUGAUCCACUUCUUUUGUUUUUAAAAGCCCUGGACUUGCAUGAAAGGGUUAUGAUCACACCAUUGUUAAUGCUGGCUAACACCUAGCUAUAUUCGUGUGAUCCUGCCUUGUGACAGUGGAAUUUCUGAUAGACAAACCAUGGAACUUUGAUUUUAAGCCGGGUCCAGCUCCGUUCCCUUGCCAGUCAACCUUACAUCCCCACAGUCCAGCCUCCAUGGGCUGAAGGUAUGAAGGUCCGUCAUUGGUGCUGGAAAUGGAGCCACCCUGUGAUCGCUUCUUUAUUACCCAGUCUAAGGCCAAUGAGAAAACUUUAGGAUCUUUUGAAAAGAGUGUAAGAAUGAUUGAAGCAGUACAACAAGACUUCUCAGUAUUUCUUUUUUAUAAAACUUACAUCUUCUCAAGUAAAUUUUAGCCCUCAUGAACAAUCCCUAGAGGAAGAUAGGGAAAAGCAAAUAUUUUUCCAGUUCUAUUUAACUUUCUAAACAAAAUAAACUCAAUGAAAGGGAAGCUGAGGUUUUUGUUUUGUUUUGUUUUUUAGUGGAGAUGACAGAUUGCUUCCCUGUAUUAAAUAGUCUAGUUAAGGGGUGGUCAUAUUUACCAUGUAUAGUGUUAUGAGCAGUUAAAUUUUAUGGCUAUAUUUGUAAAACUGUUCUUUUAUAUUUCAUGUCAAAUUGAAAAAUUUAUUUCUUCACUAUUGUACCUGUGGAAAUACAAGCCAUUUUACAGGAAAAACCUUCAAAAACUAUUAAACGGAUCUCAGUAUGUUUCUGAGUGGUUGUCUUCAGACUCUGUGGCCAUCCUGGGUUCAUCAGGACAUUCACUAGGAAGCUAAUACAAAAGCAGACUUGAUUCUUGUAUUUAAGCUUAUUAUUGUUUUAUAUUCCACACAGUGCGGAUAUAUUAAAAUCUGGAUACUCAAAACCCCCUUAAUUUUCUUAUGGAAAAAAAACUUCAUCGGUGCUUAUAUUACUAUUUCUUGUGACAUUACAUCUCUGUCAAAUAACUCUAACUUCUAGGAGAUCUUAACCUGGCUUGUAGGAUUAAUGGAUUUUCUUUCUGACCAUUAAAGUUAUAUUGCUA